AUUGUGAUAUCACGAAAACGAAACAAAUGGGUAUGAAGAAUGGCAACGGUUACUGUCAAGGCUGAGAGGAAUGAGGCUGAGUUGCCGGCGUGGCCGGCUUUCAUGGUUUGUUCCUUUCAUGGCGUUUGCUUCAAACGAAGGGAAAAAUCUCUCAUCUCUGUUCCUUUCAAGAAUGGACUCCUUUUUUUCUUCAAAACCCCAUGUCCAAAACUCUCGACAUUAUAAAUCCCUCUUUCCUUUCGAGUUUUUUUAAAGAAAAGCAAAAAUGGUGGGAUUCGAUGAAUUUUGUCAAGAAGGUCUUCUUCUUGCUCAACCUGACCCUGUUGUCUUGGAGCUCAACAAACUGCAGAACAUGCUCAAAGAUAAGGAUCGCGAGUUGGGUUUUGCUCAAAGUGAAAUCAAAGCACUGAAAGCUGCUGAUGUCAUGAAGGAGAAAUCCCUUGAAGAGAUGGGAAAUAUUAUUGAAAAACUCGACAAUAAGAUCAGAAACACAGAAAACCUUCUUGAGCAAAAGAAUUUGGAUAUCAAGAAACUCGAAACAGAAAAGAAAGAAGCAUUUGCUGCUCAAUUUGCAGCAGAGGCAACUCUUAGAAGGGUUCAUGCAAAUCAAAAGGAUGACGAUUCUGUGCCAAUUGAAUCCAUUAUCGCUCCUCUAGAAGCCGAUAUUAGACUCUACAAACACGAGAUUGCAGUACUACAGGAAGAUAAAAAGAUGUUGGAAAGACACACAAAGUCAAAAGAAGCAGCUUUACUUGAAGCAGAGAGAAUUCUGAGAAGUGCUUUGGAAAGAGCUUUGAUUGUAGAAGCUGUUCAAAAUCAGAACAUAGAGUUGCGAAGACAAAUCGAGAUUUGUCAAGAGGAAAAUAAGAUAUUGGAGAAAACAAAUCGUCAGAAAGUUUUAGAGGUUGAAAAGUUAAGCGAAACCAUUAAAGAACUUGAGGAAGCUGUUCUUGCAGGUGGAGCUGCUGCAAAUGUUGUUCGUGACUUCAGGCGACAGAUUUCUGAACUACAAGAGGUGAAAAGAACAUUAGAAAGGGAGUUAGCAAGAGCAAAUGUUUCAGCCAAUCGAGUUGCAACUACAGUGGCUAAUGAAUGGAAGGAUGAGAAUGAUAAGGUUAUGCCUGUAAAGCAAUGGCUUGAAGAAAGAAGGCUUCUACAGGCAGAAAUGCAACGAUUAAGGGAGAAAUUAACAAUAUCAGAGAGAACAGCCAAAAGUGAAGCACAACUUAAAGAAAAAGUGAAGCUAAGAUUAAAGACACUAGAAGAUGGAUUAAAGCAUUCAUCUUGUGGAUUACCGAGAGUUGACAAGUCAACUCACUUUUUCGGGAUUCUAUCAAGUAAUGGAGGAAGGAAGAGAUCCACUUCACAACCAAGGGCUUCUUCUACAACUUCAAGUGAAGUGAGACGUAUAAAUAGCAUCAAUAAGAAAUAUAAUAAUUCUGGAGAUAAUUUGGUAAGGAAAAGUUUAUGGGCUUCUAGGAGUAAAGUUGUUGAUAGAGAUGAAAAGGAGAACAAUGAGAUGAUUCUAGAAAAUACUAGCGGGAUGAAUCUUGAUAAGUUUAAGGAUGAUAAUAGAGGUAUUGUUGUAAAGGGAAAGGUGGCGGCAAGUGGCGGCAGUGAAGAACGACAACCACGGAGUGCCACCACUGAUGAUGAUGAUGUGGUUUCAGGGUUUUUGUAUGAUAAGCUUCAGAAAGAGGUGAUUGGUUUAAGGAAGUUUUGUGAGAUGAAGGAAGAAAGUUUGAAUGAGAAAGACGAAGAAAACAAGGUGCUAAUGAAGAAGGUUGAAAAUUUGGUCAAAGCUCUAGAAGUAGAGUCAAAGAAGUGGAAAAGAGAAGCAUCCUUAAGAGAUAAAAAUUCAACAUCAAUAAAGACAGAUGACCAGAAACCAGUUAGAAACUUAAACUCAUCAAAAAGUUUCAGGGCUGCAAAAGCAUCUUGAAGGCAUGGAACUCAUUGGGGCUUCGUAACUUAUUGUGAUUAUUAUUAUACCUUUUUAUGCGUUUUCGUGUUUAAUAACAUGUGUAAAUAUUAUUUAAACAAUUUUAAGGUGUUGUUUUUGUAAUAUGGAGUGAGUUAAUUUAUGAUGAUUGGAAAUUUGGAAUUA